AUGAAUACUGGAGUAAAAUUAUACAAUACACUAAUGCAAGACCCUGGAAUACAGAAUGCGGUAAAAGGUUUAAAAGUUUUUCAAAAAGUUAUUUUAAAUCACGAUAAAGAUCUUAAAUUACGUCAUUAUGAUCCACACAGAUUUGCUAUGGACCGUGACGCCAGAGAAAAACUACAAGUACCCAAAAAAGAAGUGACUCAAAGUAUGUCUGACACAACACGAAUCAAUAACGAUAAGAUGGCCAACAAACAAGUUGUAAUCAAUUUUUAUAGAGCAAGCGAUUCGUUUGGCUGUUUUAGUAAUUUUUCAUGUCAUAAUGUCCAUCUUGCAGGUUUUGUUUGGCCUACAUCCGAGCACUAUUUUCAAGUAUAUCAUUAUCGAUCGGUCAUUGUUUUCUAUUCUACUGCCUUUAUUAACUUUGAAGUUUUGUUUGAUUCAUCAUUAGGCUAUAUCAACUACUAUCAUGCAAUUAGAGAAGCAAAGACACCAGGUGACAGCGCUUCGAUGGGUCGUUCAAGAGCACAUCCAUUGAGAAAAGACUGGGAGGACAUCAAAGAUAAUGUAAUGUUUGAUGUUUGUCUUGCCAAAUUCCAACAACACAAAGAUAUUCAAAAGCAUAACUUAUACUUCUUUUUUACUAAACAAUCAGUUCUUUUGGCUACUGAAGAUGCAACCCUAGUUGAGCACACUAAGAAUGAUUCAUAUUGGGGUGAUGGUGGUGAUGGCACUGGUAAAAAUAUGCUUGGCCAAACUUUGGAAAAAGUUAGAGAUUUCAUAAGAAAUAAUCCAAAAUAA